GUGUGUAUGUAAUGUUCUUUCUUGAACCUCUAAAGAUUCAUCUGUUGCGAGCUGCGCUUUACCUCUCUGUCCUUUCUUGGAUUUUGAAUGAUGUCCCUCCAUUCCAUACAUUCUUUUUCAUUAUUUUCUUUAAAAGAAAAAUUAUAUAUAAUAUAACCCUAUAUUGUUAUGCCAUUUGAAGAGAAGACCCAUCACGUGAAUUUCUGAUUAAUAAAUCACAAAAACUCUCUCUUUUUACGCCAAUCUGAAAUCUCUCUCGCACAGAGUCUCCUAAUAUUUCUACCCCAUCAAGAGAGAGACUGACGUCGCCACCUGCUCUUGUCUGUAUACUCUUUGUUUCAACCGAUUCCUUUGUGGGAGGAAAUGGGAAACUGUGAGAAAAUGGUUGUCAUCUCUCCAACUACUAACGAGUGGCCAAAGAAUCAGAUAGAUGAGAAAGCCUUGAUGCCAUCGAUAAGUAAACUAAUGGAGAAACGGGGCCAAGAACUAUCACAACAACAACACCAACACCAGCAGCCACAGCAAGCUUUUAAGUGUCCUCGCUGCGACUCCUCUAACACCAAGUUCUGUUACUACAAUAACUACAGCUUAUCCCAGCCCAGGCACUUUUGCAAAGCUUGCAAACGAUAUUGGACCAGAGGUGGAACCUUGAGGAAUGUUCCUGUGGGUGGUGGAUGCAGAAAGAACAAGCGUAAGAAGAGGGCUGCAUCUGCCGUUGAAGGAGCUACUUCAGUCUCUAGUGAUAACCCUAACACUCCUUCUCAAACCCAAAUCGAUAUUUCUUCAACUUCAAAUCACAUCAAUCCUUUGUUUUAUGGGUUACCCACUAACCCAUCUGAGAUGAAUCUCCCAUUUCCUGGAAGGUUCAAUUCAAGAGUCUCGUCAAGUGUGGAUACUGUUUCUGGGUAUGAUCUCCAACCACAGCUGAAUGCUCUUCCUUUAGGGUUUUCAUCAAGAAUCAUGAGUACCAAUGAAGCUAACGGAUUUAACCCCGCUAAGCAAAUCCAAGAUGUGGUCACUUCAAGUUCACUACUUCCAAAUUAUUCCAUCUUUGGUUCUACUUCUUCCACCAACACAACUUCUCCAACCAUGGCUACUUUGCUUUCCUCUAGCUUUCACCAGCAAAAGUUCAGUGUCAAAGAUACUAGAGCUCCUAACCACCUUCAGGCCUUAACACCUUUCGAAGACCUGCAAAUGAGUGGCAAUAGUGAAUCCGGGAUCUCUAUGAAAGAAGUGAAAAUUGAACAAGACCAAAGCAGGUUGACCUGGAAUAUGCCAUGCCAGAAUCAAAUAGAGCAAAUUGGCUUCUCAUCAUCAGAUCCUUCAAUUUAUUGGAACGCAUCCACAAACAGUACUGUCGGUGCAUGGCAUGAUCCGGCGAGUAUUGGGCCCUCCGUCACUUCUCUGAUCUAGCACAACCAAACACUAUUUCUUUUGAUUCAUCUCCCUCUUUUUUUUUUUUUUUUUUUCCUUCAAUAAUCUUGGUCUCUUCAGCUUAGAUUUUCUUUUGUUGGUCACUUAUGUUUGUAGUGGAAUUUAUGGGGUGGGAAUCACAAACCAGAAAAGGCGCAAAAAAAAAAAAAAGGUAAAGCUCGGUAUUGAAGCAAAUUAAAGAUGAGAGGAGCUUGGAUCGGAGAGAUCAUGUCAGCUGCAAGAAAUCAGCCUACUUGUUUUAUUGUCAAGGUUGAGAAUCCCUAUUUGCGCUGAGAGGAACCUCGGAUCCUCUUCCAUCUCAUCAAGUACUCAGCUAUCAUCAUCAACAUCAUCAUCAUCAUCCUCACAGUGUUGAAGAAAAGGAUCAACUAUUAGGUGCAACUUUCUUGUAUCAAUAAGUUGGUCUAUUUAAUUACUUUAUAAUUUGUAUGUAAAUAUGCGUGACAUGUUCUCCUUUCUUCUUGUUAUUUAGGUUAGGUUUUGGGGAAUAUAUGUUACAAUCCUCUAGAUGAGACACUGAUGAUUUUUUUCUGCUUUUAAUUUUCAUUUUUAAUACUUUCUUUUUUUUUUUGGAUUUUCUGGGGAUAAAAGGGAUUGGAUUUGGGUACAAAUGGUAUAGGAAAAGGGGGAGAUUUGCUACUGUAAUGUGGGUACUUUUUUGUUUAUGUGCAUGGUUAUUGGGUUUGGUUA